AUGCCUCCAGAUAUGGUCCAGCAGUUUUCCGCCAUGCUCAACUCACGUUUCGCUCUGUAUGGCAAUUUCCAAAUGGGGCGCGAGACACCCAAAUCACCCAAGAUCGUCCGCGAAACAAUUACGUAUCCGAAGAGGAGUAUCAAAGAUGCAAACAACCCUUGCCUAGAUACUAAGCAGUCUUUCGAACACGCAUUGAAGUGCGGACAUCUCGUUACGACUGCCUUGCCCAACGAACCGUGUGCGCCGAACUGUUAUCACGUGGACGACGAUGCCGACCUCGAUCGCUCUUUGAAGCACAAGAAGGCGAUGAAGAUGAAGAACGGCAAUACUUUUAGCAACAAGCCCUUCUAUUGCGAUGCGUGCGUCGAGAUGGAGAAUGAAAAGAAGAUACCAGCGGACUUGUCGUCUUCGGACGCCGAAGCGCGGCGUGCGGUGUUGCGAGCGACAGAGGCAAAGACACGCAAGAAGGCUGCAGCGUUCAGGAAGUGCUAUAUUGCGCUCAAGUUUACGAGCGUGCAGUGCCAUAGCGAUGGGACGGUUUCGUCGCGAUACGUACCGGGAGAUGAGAGACAUCCGUUCGAUACAGCGAUGCCGAGGACAGGAGAGAACAUGUUUGAGGAUGUCAAUCCUGACCCGAAGGAAGUGGAGGCUACUAUUGAAACAGCCAAAAGGACAUCCGAGAAGCCGAUGGAAGGUGACCCCGAACUCUUCGACAACGACGAUUAUUGGGUAACAGACAGUACCCAUGCUAUGGGAAGCAUCGGCGGAGAUAAUGUUCCAGCUUCCAAGAGUGCUCGCCAUAGCAAAGCCGAUGUCGCGGCCAACGUCGCAGUCGACAGGCAUGAUCACCAGAUUGCUGCUCUACGCCAGCGCAAAGGCACCAAUGCACGAAGUUACAGCCAGGGCAUGAAGAGAAGGAGCAUAGGAGGAGAUGAAGAUGGUAGCUCUGCAGAGGAAAGCGAAAGUAUCGAGCAAUCGAACAAACGACCACGUGUUACAUCUGUCACACGUCGAUCAAGCAGGACACAGAAGAAGAAGACAUGA